GCCAUUCUGCGCGGUUUCAGCGAACCACUCCUCGCUGCUGUUAGGAUUGCUAGGAAACCGAUUCUGCUUGUGAUAAAAAAAAGCCUUUUGCCAAAUGGAAAUGGCCGAAUGUUAUAUUCGCGUGGCGGAAGAUGAGAAUGAGGAGCCCAUGGAAAUCCCAUCAGAGGAAGACAGCACCGUGUUGCUGUCGAGCGUCUCCGCACAGUUUCCAGGAGCUUGCGGCCUACGUUUCCGGAGCCCAGUGUCCCAGUGCAUGCGAGGGGUCCGUUUAGUGGAAGGAAUUCUUCAUGCUCCCGAGAAUGGAUGGCAAAAUCUGGUCUAUGUCGUCAACUAUCCUAAAGAUAACAAAAGGAAGAUGGAUGAGAUGGAUGCUGCAUUGGCCUCAAAAAUGAAGAGAGGGGAUCAGAAGACCUCAGACCUGAUUGUGUUGGGGCUUCCAUGGAAAACCUCAGAACAGGACCUGAAAGACUAUUUUGCCACUUUUGGUGAAGUCAUCAUGGUCCAGGUCAAGCGUGAUGUGAAAACUGGGAACUCAAAGGGUUUUGGAUUCGUGAGGUUCACAGAGUAUGAAACUCAGAACAAAGUGAUGUCACAGCGUCACAUGAUUGAUGGAAGAUGGUGUGACUGCAAGCUCCCCAAUUCCAAGGCCUUUAGUCCAACGGAUUAUAUGUUUGACCAACAGGCUGGUCCUGAUGAGCCUCAGAGGUGCAGGAAAGUGUUCGUGGGCCGAUGCACCGAGGACAUGACUGCCGAUGACCUGAGGCAGUUCUUUAUGCAGUAUGGCGAGGUCACUGAUGUGUUCAUCCCAAAACCUUUCCGUGCUUUUUCCUUUGUCACCUUUGCUGAUGACCAGGUUGCCGCAGCACUGUGUGGUGAGGACCUGAUCGUCAAAGGAGUCAGCGUGCACAUCUCCAAUGCUGAGCCUAAGCAUAACAAUAGUAGGCAAAUGAUGGAGAGAGCAGGCCGCUUUGGCAAUGGGUUUGGCCAGGGGUUUGGCAGUAGCCGCAGUAUAGGCGGGGGCAGCAGCUCUAGCACCAUGGGUAACUUUGGUAACUUCAACCUCAACCCGGCCAUGAUGGCCGCGGCCCAAGCAGCUCUACAGAGCAGCUGGGGGAUGAUGGGUAUGCUGGCCAGCCAGCAGGGUGGUCAGUCCACUACCUCUGGUACCAGCACUAGCGGGCCGGCCAGCUCCACUCGGGGGGAAACCCAGGCAUACAGUUCAGGCGGCAACAGUAACUACAGUACCAAUUCAGCGAGUCUGGGGUGGGGGACCGGCUCUAACUCCACAACUAGCGGGAGUGGGUUUACCUCUGGCUUUGGCUCCAGCAUGGAGUCCAAGUCUUCAGGUUGGGGUAUGUAAUGGGAUUUGAGUUGUUAAAGUUUGUAGUGUGUGUGUGUGUGUGUGUGUGGUAAGUAUUCUGAGAUUUCUUUUUUCUGUCCGGUGUAUUUGAGAUAAACAAAAAAAACCUUUUGAAGAGGGAUAUUGAAUGUUUUGUACAUUUGGACAUGUUUGUCCAGGAUUUCAUUUAGAGUGUUUGAAGUGGAUCAUUGUUAACCAGGGGGUAAAAAAACCACCUAGGGUGUCCUUUUCUUUCUUUUUAUUUUUACGUUUUUCUCAUUGGUUGUCAUUUCAACUGGAUUCUGAAAUGCAUGUGUUGUAUAGUUACCGUUCUGAAAAAUGCAUGAGAAAGUUAACAUCAAACCAUAUUCUUACAUUGUCUUUUUUCCUUUAUACUCUUGCAUUGGAAAGAAUCUAGUUGAAACUGAAAAGACUUACUUUUAAAGUUCAGAUUUGUUUGCAGUCAAGUUUCUACGAAAAAAAAGCCUUCAUCAAAAAUCUCUUCUGCAGUUCACAUCUCUCCCGCUUUCCUGGGAAGACGCCCCUGUUUGGCCGCAAUGUGUGGCUGAUGUCACUGUCAGUCGCCCUCUUCCCCAUGUGUUAAUGCUUUGCCACCACAGAACGGCUAUCUCCUUCGCAUGUGUCGACAUGACGGUGGGUGUUCCCUUUUUAUCCACUUUUUUUGUUUUUCUUUUUUUUUAAAAACAAAUCAAAUGGCAAGAUCUGCGCAAGUGACAUUGAGAACUCUUGAGUGCGAUUGGGGAUGAUGGCUUGUUGGUGGCGAAGAAUGACGCUGCGAAUGAGAGAAUGGAGAGAGAAAAAGAACGCGUGGAAGAGAGCGAGCGAAAAAAGACUGGUUGUGCGAUGAGAGAACGCGCCACAUGUGACUGCGAUGGGUGGUGGCUUUGGUGCGAGUGUGAAUGGAAGCUGCAGAUGCUACAAGCGCCUCCUUUAUGACCCCUAUGAUGGACAUUUUGUUAACUUGUACAUCUCCCAGAACUCUUCCCUUUUCCAUCCCUCCUUCUUUAACCUGCUCCCCUAUUGCUUUUUUCUCCUUUUAGUAUACUGAAGUGCAUAAAUAGCACUGAGUUUAGUAGAAUGUUGUGAUAUAUAUUUUGUCUUGCUUCUAUAACCCAUCCUGAAUGCUGUAUGGUGUGUGUGCUUUAUUUCCUUGUACUUGACCUGUAAGUGUGAACUUGAUGUGGAUGACAACUUCUGAGGACUCUUGAGGGGGACUUGAGUGAUGGUGUAAGUGAGACUUGUAUGUGGAGUGCUGUGCGUGUCUCUUUGAAUCCCUCGUAGAUAAUGUUGCUCAGUGUUUUAUAUGACAUGUCAAUGAAGGGAGUACUCUAAUAAAAAAAAUUGAUUUGAAAUGGGUAUUUGCUCAUCUGAAACUGGUUGACCCUUUUGUGUCAUUGGUGAAAUACCAUCAUAAAACUAAUUGCAUCCGCAUAUUUAGGAACCUUGGAUACUGCUGACCGAGGUUUCCAUCUGAGCCCAGAGUGGGAGAUUGAGUUUUGUGAAGGAUCAAGAUGGAAGGGGUGGAGCCCCUGACUUCAGCUGGGGGUUCAGCAAUAUUUGUAGCGUCCCUGGAUUGACUGGACUGGAAAAUGGUAAUGGCCUUUCUCAAGAGUCCUGAGCAUAAGGCAUUGCAUCGAUAAAUUGGCCUUAGAUGCUCCCAAAACUGAGAAACCAGUCUGGUAAUUUAAACAGUUGAGCCUUAAUAUUUGUAUUGCUUAGCCUUGAUGUAUGCUUGAUACCAGUGGGUAUUCUUGUAUAAAUUCAGAUACUUAAACACAUGAAACUGUGAAAUCUGAGUUAAGUAUGAUGGAAAAAAUUGAGUUGUCUGUUUUUUUUUAAUGUGACGGCUUUAUUUAUUUAAAUUAUUGUGAUACAGUUAAAGUAUAUUUAGACCAAUUGGCAAUGAAAAUGCUGUGUCCAACCCAACAUUCCUUAGUUCCCUAAGCACUUGCAUAGUGGGUGCAUGUUUUCCCCUUAUUACAAUAAAAAAAAAUUACAUCUGCAAAAA